CUGGACCUGGACCUGGACCUGGACCUGGACCUGGACCUGGACCUGGACCUGGACCUGGACCUGGACCUGGACCUGGACCUGUUGUUUUAAGCUCCAGCGAUGGCCGCACGCAACGACAGCUCCCAAGUGAGAGACCUGAUGCAGUUUGAACCCGGCUCAGAUCCGUCCCGCGCCUCCUCCUCCUCCUCCUCCUCCUCUCCCCAGCCCUCCUGUCCAGCGGAUGUGAGCGGUGGACGGGUGGAGGCGGUGGAGGCGCAGCAGGCGGAGGACGGCUCUUCCUCCAGCUGUCCGCUGAACCGGCUGAAGCAUCUUCCUCAGUGUGAGAACCGGGCGGGUCGCCUGACCUUCAGCCGGACCAGCAGCGUCCUCGUGGACGUGGGGGUGUUCAACCAUGGGGGCGGAGCCGUGCCUCGGGAGGGGAGGGACAUGUGGAACGCUAACUUUGUGAAAAUGCCCAGUUCCCCGAGUAGCGUGAUGUUCGCGAAGUCCCUCCUCAGCAUGCAAUCCAGCCAGACGAGUAGGUGGGACACGAUCUCCAAGAAGCUGAGCGCUCUGGCCAAGAAGACGACGGCGAGCGCCGAGGAUGUGGAGGACGCCAUCAUGAAGUACAACCCCAAGUAUAAAGGCCAGUGGUCCUUCGAUGCCCUCAUCAGCUUCGUGAAGGUUAUCCCGAAGGCUGAAAACGACUUCGGCAAACUGUUCCCCAAGAUAGCGGCGUUGGCCCUGCAGCUGCCCGCCGCCGUGAGGAUGGGCGUCCCGCUGCUGAAGAAGGGAAGCUCCGCCUCCAUCACGCUGUCCCAGGUGCAGAUCUCCUGCCUGCUCGCCAACGCCUUCUUCUGCACCUUCCCCCACCGCAACGCCGCCGGGCCGCACGCCGAGUACACGGGGUACCCCUCCAUCAACUUCACCCGACUCUUUGGUCAGUGGUCGUCACGGAAGAAAGAAAAGCUGAGAGCUGUGAUGCAAUACUUCAGAGUGAUGACGAAGGAGCAAUCGAGACCUAAUGGCUUGGUGACGUUUGAGAGGCGCUGCUUCAAAGACACGGAGAUGCCCAACUGGAUACACUGUGAAGAAAAGAUGAAUAAACUUCACGUGGCGUCAGGCGGCGCCAUCGAGACGGAGGGAACCGGUUUACUACAGGUGGACUUUGCCUCCAGCUGCAUCGGUGGGGGGGUCCUGGGUUCUGGUCUGGUCCAGGAGGAGAUCCUCUUCCUCUUGAGUCCGGAGCUCAUCGUGUCGCGCCUCUUCACGGAGAAGCUCGGGGACACCGAGUGUCUGAUCAUCACAGGCUCGCAGCAGUUCAGCCAGUACUCGGGCUUCGGGGACAGCUUCGAGUGGGCGGGGCCUCACGACGACCACCUGCAAAGAGACGAGUGGAUGCGGCUGCAGAGGAGAAUCCUCGCCAUCGACGCCAUGAACUUCAAACACCGGAGUGAUCAAUACACCAUGAGCAACGUGACACGGGAACUCAACAAGGCGUACUGUGGAUUCAAAGGUCGUGACCCCGACGAGCCCGACAUCGCCACGGGCAAGUGGGGCUGUGGCGUGUUCAACGGAGACCCUCAGCUCAAAGCCGUGAUCCAGCUGAUGGCGGCGGCGAAGGCGAGGAGAGGGUUGGCCUUCUUCACCUUCCAGGACGAGGAUCUGAAGCGGGGCCUCGAGCGGACGUACCACCAGCUGGUCAGCGAUGGAGCGACAGUCGGGCGAGUGUUCCGGCUGCUGAGGAACUACUGCGCGGUGCAGAGGGCGUCCGGAGGGCCGCACAUCGACCUGUUCCACUUCCUCUCCAGGAGCCGGCUGUGAGGCCCCGGGACUCAACGUCAACGUCCUAAAUCUGCACUAAACAUACUGAUUGUUUGAAUCCAGAACAAUAAGAAAUUGUUUUUGAUUGUAAAGAUAAUUUUUCUAUUUGCACCUUUAAUUUAAUAGUUGACGGGAAAUGUGACAGAAAACAAAGAUAAUGAUUAGAAGUAGAGAGAAGUAGAGUACAUUAGAGAAUUGUUAGUAUAUUAGAGAACUAUCACUACACACUACCAGAACCUUUGGAUGGCGGCAAGUUAAAGGUUAUUAUUUGUGAACAUAACAUUUUAAAUUAUUUUAAAAUAAAGUCUAUGCAUCAUG